AUGGGAAAGGCCACGUCUGCGGCUCAGGAGGCUCGGGAUUCGUUGCAGGAGGAGCGUGGCAAGGUGACAACCCUGCAAGCUGAGUUGACUCGGAGCAGAGAGGCUCAGCUUCGCCAUUUGCAGCAGCAGCAGCAGCAACCCUCGGAGGCUGCCGGCGUCAGUCCUCUGGCUCUGGAAAUGGCCACCAUCGGCGCGGCCUGCAGAUCCGAGCGGCACGAAAAGAUCAUCGCCCAGCAGAGGAUAGCCCUGUCAGAACUGCGGCAACGCCUGCAAAAGACCCUCGGGAGGGGCGAACUGAAA